AUGAAAAAUUGUGCGAUUGAAACAUUUGAUUUAAGUAUCGUACCUUUGGAAGACUUAGCUGCUGGUUUAAACGAGCAUUUAAAAUACAACUUUGAAAAAGUUAAGGUAGAAGUUAAGGAUUGUCCUGAUCUUACUCAACCGCCAUUUACAUUAGCAUGCAAAGGUUUGACAGGAAAUGAGAGGAUAGUGGAAAUAGGAGGAGUACCAUACCUAUUACCCAAACCUAGAAAGGAUAAACUUUAUGAUUUAAAAGAUUUGAGUAAAAUUUUAAAUUUAGAUCCAUGCUACAUAACCGGUGCUGGAGCAGGUCCCUGGCCUUAUGCUGGUACCAAUUGUGAGAUGAUUAUUAACAUGGAACAUAAUGGUGAUAAAGUUAAUAAUAAGACAAGAAUUGCUAAGGUUAAUGUCACUGAUGGAAAAUGCAUACAAGAAGUAUUACCAAAUGACGAAUGUCGCAAUGCAGUAUUAUCUAAUUUAUAUUGUUCUUCUGGAGAACAAGGAAAGGUAUUGGAAAUAUCAUGUUCGAAAAGAAUCGGAAAUGAUGAUUUUAUAACAAGCAUCCGUAAAAUUUUGGGAGAAAAUUUCAAAGACAAAAUAUUAGGUUUGGGUGGAGUUUUCGUUAUAAAAAAAGGAAAAGUCAAACAACACGUCAUGCCUGAUUUUUCAAAUCGAGAAAUUUCAUCUGAAGAUGAUUUAAAUAAAUGGUUGAAAUUUUAUGAAAUGAAUACUCCACUGAUUGCCGUGGGAACUUUGGUCAAUAACGAUCCGGGAUUGGAUUUAAGGGUUCAACAUUUCCAUAGUUUUAGUCACCACGGUGAAGGUGGACAUUAUCAUAUAGAUACAACUCCAAAUGACGUUGAAUAUUUGGCUUAUUUCGGAUUGGGUGAAAAAUUAUAUCGUAUAGAUAGACCUUCACAAACUCAUAAUUACGGAAGAGACUAA